AUGGCCGAUGCCCCUCUCCUCCGACGUCUGAACGGUCGCCCGCAAGCCUGCGAUCCAUGCCGAGCGCGGAAAGUCGCGUGCGAUCACGGCCAGCCCACUUGUUCUCGGUGCAGGAAACGGGGAGAAGUCUGCGUCUACACCGUCUCGGAGCCAAAGACCAAGAAGCAGCGGCUUCGGUCUCCCAGCCGCGCUGCCACAGAGUCUACCUCGACUCCGUCACCCUCGGUCGCCCCAGGCUAUCUCGGCUUCACUAGUCACAAUGCUGUCUUUGAAGAGACCCGGAAUAGUCUAUCGCUUGUCCAUGGCCCUGCCUUGGAGAUCGAGCCGAGCCCGAGAAGGGCUCCGAGGGCGAGGGCCUCUGUUAUUGAGAUGCGGCCGCAUCUUCGUGAGAUGUGUCUCUUUGUCCUCCGUCGUCUUCCUGCAGCUCGGGAUGAUGUUAUGGCAUCAAGGCUUCACUGCCGAGCUGAUGACUGGACUAUGAAGGCCAUAGAGGAUAUUGUCAAUACGCUGUACCGAGAUUGGGGUGAGCAUCUCACUACUCGACGUGAUGAUCAGCUUGAAGAGCUCGGUUUAUAUAUCAGCAACAAUACUUCAAGACCCAUCCAAGACGAGCACUCGAGCGCGAAGGCGUGGACUGGUCAAUUCACUGGGAGCAACAUCCGAUGGGAGUCUAUCGGUUUGAUCUGGACAUACUGGGAUGGCGCUCCUGGCUUUGACGCUCCAGUUGUGGGCAAGUGUUUGGGAUAUUGCGUUGAUCUCGUUCGCCAUUUCACAUCUGGAAACGACAUUCUUCUAUAUCUUUGCUACCGAAAAGCUACCAUUGAGUCUCUCAUCACAGGCGAUGCUAGCUUGACUUGUUGGCGAUACUUCUCAGAAGCCGUGGCACUCUUGACAUUUCUCGGUCUUCACGUCGGCUCAGAGGAUGCAACCUACGUUCCCUCACUAUGCUCCGAACACAAGCGGCGCAUGGCAGCGCGUGUCUACAACAUUGAUAAAGUCGUGGUGUCCUUCACAGGGCGACCGCCCAUGCUCAGCCGUCGAUAUUUCUCACGUCCUCUCCCACUGGACAUAUCGGAUGAAGAUCUCAUGACAGGCGGCGAUGCCAUAAAGCGUGCGGUGCAGGCAUUGGAUGAGAAUGGAUUUUCUUCUGAUGGUGAUGUCCUUGGGGCAUCACUUAUACGGGCACGCGCACAGCUCGCGUAUAUCAAAGAAGAACUUCUCGAGAUGGCGCUUGCUAGCUGCGUGAAAACGACAUUUGGUAGUCUAACCGAACUCAAGGCUCGUUCUGUAAAAACGUAUGGCCGAUUCCCUCCGAGCCUUCUCUAUCAAUCCGACGAGCUCGACAAUCCGAACUGCGACGUGGAAAGAGUUUACUGCAAGAUUCUGAUCCUAUUGGAGCAUCUGCAGAAUCUUUUCUUUGCUGAGAGGCAGCUGCUUCGCCUGGGACAUGUCGAUGAAAAUCGUCUGCUGCCAAUUAGCUUUGAGAUGGUUACAUUGACACUCUUGUUUUGGACACAUCAGGAUCGCUUUUCUAGCAUGAGACGAGAUUUUGAGUGGCUUUUGAUGGCCUUUGCUGCGCCAGGAGGAGGUAUCCUCUGUCUCGAACUCCUACGACCAACCUUCCGCGGCACACAUCCCGAUUGUCCAAAAUUGAGUCGAUCUGCCAUCAUACAGAAACUAAGUCUUCUCAUCGGCUUCCUUGACUGGGUGCGACCGCCCGCGCCCAACGCGGAUCUCUGCGCAGACUGCAAGGCUGUCAUACAGGGUGUUCUUGAUCACAACCUCAACGCCCCGAUAGCGGGAGGCGCUGGACUUCAACUUUGA